UUCGGGAAGCGCAGGCAGGAGGUCGAGCGUAGGCCUCUCUGGCCCGUUGCUAAGGGCGACAGGGGCGCUGGGGUCCAGCUGUGAUGGCGGAGACGGGCCCCGCGGGGGGCUCCGCAGCCUCGGCCAAGGCGCUGGUCCCUGUCCAGGCCGAAGCAGGCGCGGUGGUCGUGGCGACGGAGGCUGAGCAGGGGCCCCUCCAACGACGCAAGAGGGUCCUGGAUGAAGACAGCUACAUCCAGAGCCUGGAGAAAAUCAUCCAAAGGGAUUUCUUUCCUGACGUUGAAAAACUGCGUGCUCAGAAGGAGUAUCUGGAGGCGGAAGAAAGUGGAGACUUGGAGAAAAUGAGACAGAUUGCCAUCAAGUUUGGCUCCUCCCUGGGCAGGUCAUCCAGAGACACUCCUGCACCAUAUGUUACACCAGCCACAUUUGAAACGCCCGAGGUUCAUCCUGGUGCAUCCUCCUUAUUGAACAAACAGAAGCCUUCACUGAAGACUCCAGAUGAAGAAGAAACAGAGGACAAAGAGAGCAGAGAUGCUCUCCCCUGCCUGGACAGCUUCUUGGCCAAGCACACCAGUGAGGAUAAUGCUUCGUUUGAGCAAAUCAUGGAAACAGCCGAAGAAAAGGAGAAAGCCCGACACUCGUGGCUCUAUGAAGCAGAGGAAGAGUUUGCCCAGCGUCACCAGGAGCAGCUGGCUCUUCCAUCGGCUGCAGAGCAACAGGCCCUCGGGAGCGGGAAAGCCGGCGUGGAGACGUGGGAAUAUAAGGCGAAGAAUUCCCUGAUGUAUUACCCUCCAGGCGUCCCCGAUGAAGAGGAGAUGUUUAAAAAGCCCCGGGAAGUCGUCCACCGGAACACCCGCUUCCUGAAGGAUCCGUUCAGCCAGGCCGUGAGCAAAUCCCAGCUCCAGCAGGCAGCGGCGCUCAAUGCUCAGUACAAACAGGGCAAAGUAGGGCCGGAUGGGAAGGAGCUCAUUCCACAAGAAUCUCCAAAGGUUAACGGAUAUGGAUUUGUGGCUACACCCUCGCCUGCUCCUGGUGUGAAUGAAUCGCCUCUGAUGACGUGGGGUGAGAUAGAAAGCACCCCUUUGCGACUGGAAGGCUCAGAUACGCCAUAUGUGGACAGGACUCCUGGACCGGCCUUCAAGAUCCUGGAGCCCGGCCGCAGAGAGAGGCUUGGGCUGAAGAUGGCCAACGAGGCAGCUGCCAAAAACCGAGCAAAAAAGCAGGAAGCUUUAAGGAGAGUUACGGAAAAUCUUGCCAGCCUGACUCCCAAAGGACUGAGCCCAGUCAUGUCUCCAGCCCUGCAGCGCUUAGUAAACAGGACUGCCAGCAAAUAUACCGACAAGGCUCUGCGAGCCAGCUACACCCCGUCCCCUGCACACCUUGGCACGCCCGGCUACAAGACCCCGGCAGGUGGGCCCCAGACGCCCACCACCACCACCCCGACUCCCCGGACGGUAUCUCAGACUCCAGUAACCCAGGAUCCCGCUUCAAUUACGGACAAUCUCCUGCAGCUCCCGAAAAGGCGCAAAGCAUCAGACUUUUUCUGAGGGACGCUCUUUAUUUCUCGGUUCCCUGCAUAGCUGAAUAUAUGCCGGGCUUUGUGGUGAAGCCCGAACAGUACUGGUGGCAAGCGGCGGGAGGCCCUGAUACUUUGCUCCAGCGCUCUCAAGAUGCAAGAGCGGAAUUAAGCCUGUGACCGUUCAGCUGGGCAGGAAAACGUCCUCUUGUGCUGCUUUGCACCAA